UCUGGUGUGUGCUCGACGUCACAUGGAAACAUAAAAACUGCGGUCCGCGGCCGCACGGCAGCACAGCAGCACGGCAAGCCGCAGCAGGAAAGUGCAGGCGGAGGUGGCGAGGCGAGGCGCUAAAGCGCGAAGCGGCACCGCUGUGUGCAGCGCGUGGCAGAGCGAGCACGCCGUCCACCCUCGGUCCACCUCGGUGCAGCCUGACCGCGCCGCCCUGCAUCGCCCGCAGCCUGCACGGCCGACCCCCACGGGGGACUUGAGGACCUGAGGACCUGCGGGACGUCGCCGACAACGCCGAGAUGGCCGUCAAGGAUCCCCCCAGCGUCGCCACGGUGGACGGCAACGGCGCCGCGCACCCCGCGGAGUACGGGGCCAAGGACCGCCAGGACGACGCCCAAGCGCGGGGGCACGCGCGCCGCGCCAUUUGGAAGCAGUUCGCGGCCAGCGCGGCCGUGCAGUGCUUCCACCUGAUGACGGGCGUGUGCAUGGCGUACAGCUCCAGCCUCAUCCCCGCCCUGGAGGCCGCCGACAGCGACAUCCCCGUCACCCGGCACCAGAGCGCGUGGCUAGCGAGCACCUUCGUCCUGGCCGUCCCGGUGGGGUCCACGCUGUCCCUGUGCCUCAACGACGUCCUGGGCCGCCUGAUGCUGGUCAAGACCGUCAGCAUCCCCUACUGCAUCGGCUGGAGCCUGAUCGCCACCGCCACCUCCUUCGAGCAGCUCGUGAUCGGGCGCCUCUGCACGGGAGUGGCCAUCGGCAUGGCGCACAGCCCCUCGCUGCUCUUCAUCACCGAGGUCGCCACCAAGAACAUCCGCGGCGGGCUGACGGCGGUGGCCACCGCCUUGGCGUCCAUGGGGAUCGUGGGGUGCUACGUGAUGGGGGCCUACAUGGACUGGCGCACGCACGCGUGGGCGCUGUGCGCCGUGCCCGCGCUGCCGCUGCUGCUGCAGACCGUCUUCGCCACCGAGAGCCCCGUGUGGCUGCGCGCGCGCGGCCGCACCGAGGCCGGCGCCAAGGCCUCGCAGUACUACUACAACGACCCCGACAUGGUGCUGUCGGGGCCCUCCGCGUCGGCCAAGGGCGGCAACUCGAUCUGGCACGUGAGCCGCCUGCUGUUCACCAACCCCCUGGGCUACAAGCCCCUCAUCCUCGUCUUCGCCAUGUUCGUCAUCCAGCAGGUCGUGGGCGUCUACAUCACCAUCUACUACGCCGUCACCUUCUUCCAGGAAACCGGGAGCACCAUCGACGCCUACAUGGCCACCAUCCUGAUCGGCGUGGUGCGCUUCAUCGGCUGCACCACGGUGUCGCUCGUCAUGACCAAGUUCGGCCGGCGGACCCUCAUGCUGCUGUCGUCCGUGGGCCAGACGGUCUUCAUGACGAUGUCGGGCUACGCGACCAUGUGCAUCCUGCAAGAGCCGGGCUCGGUGUCCUCCAUGUGGGUGGUGGCGGGGCUGCUGGGGUACAUCGCGCUGGGCUGUCUGGGCUGGCAGACCAUCCCCUGGUCCAUGAUGGCCGAGCUGUUCCCGCACGAGGUGCGCAGCCUCGCCCAGCCCUUCAACUCCAGCAUGGCCCACAUCCUCAUGUUCGCCAUGCUGCAGGUCUACCCCAUCCUCAACGACCUCGUCGGCGGCGCCGCCGGCAUCCAGUACCUGUUCGCCGCGGUCUCGGCGCUGUCCGCCGUGUUCGUGUUCGUGUUCCUGCCGGAGACGCGCGGCCGGACGCUGCCGGAGAUCGAGGACUACUUCCGCAACAACGUCACGUUCCUGACGGAGAAGGCAAGGCGCCGGGCCGCGCGCCGGGCGGUCGCCCAGGCGGCGCUCACGGCCAAGACGCCCUCCACGCCCCCGGUGUAGCCGUGGCGGCGCCGCCCCGUCCUUGGGCCCCGGUGGCUAAGCCACUGUCAAGGCACCACAGCGUGACCUUGCCCCUUGCCCCCCAGGCAGCUGUUCCCGCUAUCGCGUCAGUGCGCUGACCUACGCGGCACCCAGAGUGCCACGGCAGCCACGGCGCUCCUGGGGAAGGCCGCCCUCAAGACCCUCGCCGGCCUCGCCACGCAGCCAGCGGACGGCCUCUCUCCCUCUCUCUCGCACUCACGGGACGUCCCGUGUGGGUGCGAGAGAGACAGACCGACGGCCGCACCGCACGGAAUCACUCAGAAGAGUGCCCGGCGUGUGUACUCGACGAAUCUCCCCCUCCUCUGGGUGCAGCGGGUACCCGCCCGGUACCCGGUUGCCAGGGUGUCGCGCCGUGUCGGUAGUCAACAACUUUAUGGUGCGGCUCCGUUUGCCCAGGUCACGUGAUAAGCCCAGGACUACCUGAAAUGCAACGCGGCUGUGUACAGAGGGGAUUCGGAGGGAGGAACUUUUGGUGUAAAUCUGUGUGGGAGUCUCGCGGCACCCGCGCGUCUGUGUCUGUGUGUACAUAUACCUGUCCUGUAUGAUAAAUGUUGGUAGAGCCGUGUCGCAGUCACCUUGACUGUUGAGCAACGGGCGCUGCUGUAAGUGUUCACCGAAUCGGGAGACGAAAAAAGUUGCUUUGUACUAUUUUUUUUAGAAAAACAUAAACUUUGUAUUUUGCCAAAAAAAGUAUCAAAACAACAACUCGA